CUUCGUUAUUCUUAACAGCGUCUUCGUUUUGCGGCGUUUUAUCCGGCACCGUUUUCUUUGCCAUCUUGGAAACCUCUGCGCACUCGGACUACCCGAUGAAAAUGGCAGAACUCAGCUCUUCCUUCCUCGAGCCGGUCGCUAUCAAAUGACACCAGGAGGCGCACUCUACGCACCGGCUGCUUAUGAAUUCCAUCAUUUAUGCGUAAUUUUUACCUUAAAAUUCGUCUUUCCUUCAUGAGCAAAGUUAUGUGAAUUCAGACGCCCUCAACUUAUGCAUCUCUUUUUUGUUUCAUUCCUUGAGCCGGCAGUUUAAUUUGUGCACAAAACUAUUGCAGCUUUGAAAAUAUUUUAUCAGAAAUUAUUAAAAGCUAAGGGAUAUGAUGACGCUCGUUUUACCGUUAUCAUUUAUUCAUCGUGGAUCAUCGAAGAACCACAUGUGUUUUUGAAUAUCAUAGCAUUUUCGAAGUCUUUAUUCUUCCAUUCAGACGCCUGGAAUUAUUCAUUUCAUCAUGUCUUUCAUGUCUCGGAUAUCUGUACAUCAAAGUGGUCAGUCAAAAUUAUCAAAGCCAAUGGAAAUGCCGCCAUUUAUUGCACAAAAUAAAUCUUCGAGAGCAACUGAUAGUGGACCUUCGAGAGGGACCAUGAGUAAUAUGUCAUUACUUUUGGGUUACAGAGCCAGUGCAGUUUAUAGAAGUACUAAGGGUGGAUUCAAAGUACCGAGAUAUCAGAAUACUUAUCGCCUUGCUUCCUACAAUCCAUUCAAGUGUGAAGUGGUUGAUAAAAUAUUAGAAGACGUAAUGACUAUGACUUUAAAGGGAAUGAAAUACAAUCCUGCGGUGUGCAUGAAACUCUGUCAAGAUAUGUCCAUCGAAAUUCGUAAUCGUAUCUUCAAGAAGGAUUACGAUCGGUACAAGUAUGUAGUGACCAUGACGAUCAUCGAAAAGACUGGUCAAAGCAUAAAUAUGGGCUUAAGUCGUCUUUGGGAUGUUGAAAGGGAUACAUAUUCUACUUAUAUAUUUGAAAACACAGAUUUAUAUGCUGUUGGUGCUGUGAUAGGACUGUAUUACGAGUAGAAUGUCCCUGGCCCUUUCAUAGGGAUCCUUAAAAAUUCUAAGGGUUUUAUCGUAUGAAGUGAUAUUCAUGAAAUUUUCAGCUUCCUAUUACUCAUUGUCAAACGUUCGCUAUUCGCGGCAACGUUUGAUAUUUAUUUUGCACAUUUUUAAGUCACUUUCCAGGAAUUUAUGUUACUCCUUUAAAAAUUAAUAUAUAUGACUUUCGAGAAUGUUUACAUUUACUAGUUUCCUGACUCCGUGCUGUCAACAUUAUUUAGUAGAAAUUUGCAUUUUACAAAAGGUGAGAAACAAGUGACAUAUUUCCAUUACCUUCCGUGUCACAGUUUCAUAAAAGAGUUUUUACGAGAGCGAUUGAGUUU